GGGGCCGCGCGCAGCCGCCGCCGCGCGGGGCCGCAGAUGGAGCCUGCCCCCGGCGCCGCAGGAAAUUCUAAGCUGAGACAUGUAGAAAAAGAUGUUUUGAUUCCACAAAUAAUGAGGGAUCGAGCCAAGGAGCUGUGUUCAGAUAAGGUGCAAGCAUUUACUAAAUGCUGUCAAGAAACUGGUCUUCUGAUGGUGGUGAAGUGUCGGCAGGAGAACACAGCACUGAAGGACUGUCUGGUUGGCUACUAUUCUGAUCCAUCAUUCUAUGAAGAAUGCAAAGCAGAAUAUUUGAAGCAAAGAGAAGAAUACAGAGCAACUGGAAUUAAGAAAAAAAGACAGAAGUUUACUCCGAAUGUGUGAUUAAAACUUAAAAUGAACUUUUUUUUAUAUGAAAUUUGGAUUUCACUUGAUUUAAACAGACUUAAAUUGUCUCUACCACUCUAUGUGGAGUUUAACUGAAAUACGCAAAACGAGAUGGAGAAUAAAGUAAUGUCUGAAAUUAAGCUUUCAUUUCAAAACUUUUCAUAAUUAAAGAUCUAGAGCAUGCUGUCACAGUUUGCAAGAGAGGUUGCAAAGGUGUGUACCUCUAUCUGGACUUGGGAUUUUGUUACCAGUGUACAGUUUGGAGUUUACAACUCUAGCAUGUCCAUUUGGAAUUUAAAGCCUAUAUCUAGCUACAUGAGCCAGGCUACAUAAAAAAUUAUGGGUGAAUAAUUUAAGUUGUAUGAACUGGUCACAGAUUUGGUAUACACUUAAGUUGGUCUGUUAGUCAUCACCUGAAGCUGACUGUAUGGAGAUGCACUUAAUAGAAGAGAAGGGUGGCAAAUGCAGAAGAGCUGCUCAGACCAAUGUGAAUUACCCUUUUCAUCAAAGUGUUGUCAGAUGAGAGCCUGGCAGUACUUCUGCCUGCACUGUAACUCCUUUUUAAGUCUGCACUGUGACUCACUUUUAAGCCUAUACUGUCAGAAGAGAUGGAUGCCUUGCACUUGUGCAUAGCCCAGACUGACCAUUUCAACUCUAGGGGAGAAAGUAAUCUCAUCCAGACCUUCCUUGAGAACAGGGAAUAAGCUACCAUGCUUCAGGAGUUUGUGAGUGACCACACUUAGAAAAUUAUCCCAGGCAGAGGUGAGUAAACAACUAAACCAGGCAUAGAAGAUGCAGAUCACCUUGCAGGAACUAAGAAGGUCCUUAAUUUAAAAUCAGCACACAAGCCAUCUUUCGUGUAUUGAUACUUGAAGCUGCUUAAUUACAGUUAAUUAAUUAAAUUAUUUAAAAAUUAAUGGUAAUUGCUUAAAUUGCUUCACUUAGAGAUACUAAUAGAAAGUUUUAGAAACUAUCUUGGAGUUACCCUCCAAGCAUUCUGAAAUAAAACUAAAUUUUUUAAAAGCAAGGAAAGACUGCACUUAAACUUGGUAACUUUAAUGCCCUGAUUAAAGAAUAAAAAAACGUAAUUUUAUGAGUAAGGAGUAGGAUUUUAUACUGUUCUGUUAGAAGAGGCAACAUUUUACUUGUUUAAUACUGUUUCACCACAAACAGUAUUUCUCUAUGCAAGGAAGAAGCUCUGACACACAUAUAUGAAGGACUUAAUGCUCCAGGUUAGUCAUUGCCUUUUAUUCUGUGCCUGUUACUGGAAUAAUCUUUAAUAAUGUUGUUUCAGCAAACUGGGUGGAGGACUGGACUUGUGUAGUGGCAAACUGAAAAGAUGUGUAGCCUUGUUAGGCAAACUUAAGUGGCACUCAGCUCUAAAAGUAAUCACCUUGAAAUGGUGUAUAUGGAACAGUGACCGACACUGUACUUGGCUUCUUAUCUCAGGUGUUUUGGAAAACAAAAAUACUCCUAAUUAGUUGCUUUGUGGUAUGUAUUUUAAAAAGGAAGAAAUUUAAAAUAGAUGGUGACAUGUUUUUAAUGACAA